AUGUCGCUCGAUCCUCCCACUUACCUGGCCUCGCUACAGAGCAACAUCCGCCAACGGCCAAUCCCCUGGGAUGGCGCUGUUAGAGCAGGCACCAUUACUGAAGACCACCUGGCCCGCAUCCGCGCCGUCGACAAGGCGAAGAGAGCUGAGGCAAGGAAGGAAAUUGUAGAAGGCGACCUCGAUGGCUACCGCUCCCUCUUUGUUGGCGAGCCGGGAAAGCCAAGUGUGCUUGAGUCUGCAGGCAAACAGGCCAAUGUCGUCCAGUUUGUUCUCGUCCUCCUUGCGGAUCUUUUGCCCAGUGUACCAUCACUUGCCAAAGCCCUUUUUAAGAAUACGGACCCCUAUAAACACUUCCUGCCAUUACUCGCGCAUUCGAACAACACAGAUGAUCCGAUCCCCUUGCUCACCUCGACGGCCUUGACAAAGGUCAUGUCCAUCUCCGGCGACGAAUCUCAGGCGACCCGUAACGCCAUUCCAGUCUUGCUUUCAUAUCUAUCGGGUCUUGCGAAGAGCUCUGAUGCCGGUCUCCAGGAUAUUGCAGUUCAAGAGUAUUCGUCGCUGCUGUAUGGGCGCUCGUCGAGACAACAGUUUUGGAAUCAAAGAAGCGAGACUAUUGCGCCUUUAAUCGAAAUUCUUAGAACCGCUGCGGGCAUUGGAAGCAAUGGCAGCUCUUCUGCAAGUAUAUGGAGUGGCACGGCGCCGUCGAGAGCCGCUGGCUUCGAAGGCACGCUUGGCGGCGGGGUUGGUCUGCAGCUGCUGUACCAUGUCCUGUUGGUCAUUUGGCAAAUGAGUUUUGAGGCCGAAGAUAUUGGCGAUGACUUGAACGAUGAGUAUGACAUUGUUCUAUUGUACACCCAGCUGUUGCGCCUAUCCCCCAAGGAGAAAACGACACGUUUGAUUGUUUCAACCCUUUUCAAUCUGCUCGACAAGAACCAGAAGUCGCUCCUCCCUACAGCGGUGCUUGCACGGCUUCCCGCUCUCCUUGGAAACCUGAGUGGACGUCACUUGACCGACCCCGACCUCCUGGAAGACCUCCAAAACUUGAAGGACUUGCUCGAAGAAUAUACCAAGACGAAGACCACUUUUGAUGAGUACGUUGCGGAAGUCGAAUCCGGUCAUCUUCGUUGGUCCCCGCCUCAUAGGAGCCAGGUGUUCUGGGCCGAGAAUGCGCGCAGGAUUUUGGAUCACGAAAAUGGAGAAAUCCCACGCAAACUUGCUGAAAUUAUGAAGAAACCAUGGGACAGUGACAAGCAGGUUUUGGCCAUUGCUUGCAACGACGUGGGAGCCUUGGUUAAGGAGGUGCCAGAGAAGAGAUAUCAAUUGGAGAAGCUUGGCUUAAAGACCAGGAUUAUGGAGCUUAUGGGGGAUUCGGACGAAACCAUCCGGUGGGAGAGUCUGAAAGCCUUGGGCGGAUGGUUGAAAUACAGCUUUGAUGGCUAA